GCGAGCCAGCCAGCAGCCGCACCCUCCCGUGCGCCGUUGAUGAACUGCGGGCCUCCGUUGCUCAGCUGCUGCGCGUGCACACAUACCGAGCUGGGCCUGGCCCGAACUCGCUAUCCUGUUCCUAUUUACUGCUGUCUCCCCCCUUUGCGGCGUGCGAUUCGACAUUCCCACGCGCACACGUUCUCCUUUGCAUCCUCUCAAGCCACGCUGCAGUCCGCCAAUCCACGGCGCGCGACAAGCUCCCUUGGGCAUCUUGGCCCCAUUGGUUGACACACGACUUGCGACAGCGACCACCAAGGGGUCGGCCUGGUUGGAGCUCCAAGGUCGCAGCGGGCGGUACCAAGGCAAUUGCGCGCUGCCGACGCACACAGCUACGUCAACGAGCAGGUGCGACUGCGCUUGUUGUGGCAUUGCUCGUAAUCCCGGAAGUGCGGCGACGCGUUAGCCAGCGGCGGCGACGUCAACCAAGAUGCCUGCCCGGCCCUCGUUCACGUCUCGCCUCUCGCUGCCCCAACGCCUCAAGCAGAACAGCAGCACCACCUCCGUCAACAGCACAGCGACCAGCCGCCAAGGCAGCCCCAAAAGAAACAUGAGCGACGUCAAGCCCGGCCUUGUGCUGCGGGCGAACGUGCUCAAGGGCAGGAAUCUAGCUGCAAAGGACCGCAAUGGCACCUCUGACCCAUACCUCGUCGUCUCCCUCGGUGAUGCAAAGGAAGCCACCCCGACCAUCAACAAGACCCUAAACCCCGAAUGGAACACAACGCUCGACAUGCCCGUCGUGGGCGAGCAGAGCCUCCUGCUCGAGGCCACGUGCUGGGACAAGGACCGCUUUGGCAAGGACUACAUGGGCGAGUUUGACGUCAUACUCGAGGACGUCUUUGCGCAUGGCCAGCCUGUCGCCGAGCCGCAGUGGUUUCCCCUCACUUCGCGCCGCGGUGGAAAGAAGUCGUCGCAAGUCUCCGGCGACAUCCAGGUGCAAUUCACCCUCAUCGACACGAGCAACCCCACUGCCGUCCCCGAGCAGAUCAUGCAAAAGUUCCUCGCAAUCGCCGGCCAGUCACCCAGCCCUGACGAGUCUGACGAGAGUGGCUUGCUACGCGCCGACAGCGCGGGUACCGACCUCGAUGAUGACGACGAGAGCGAGAGCUCGAACGAAGCGAACGACGAGUCGAAGAAGGCUGCGAAGCGGGAGAAGCGCCGCAAGAAGCUCAGGAUGGCGCGUCUCAGGAAGAAGGCCAAGCAGAUCAGCGGCUACGAAUACUCCGACAAGUCAGAGGUCGCGGGUGUCUUGUUCCUCGAAGUGACAAACAUCACUGAUCUGCCGCCCGAGAAGAACGUCACACGGACAUCUUUCGACAUGGAUCCGUUUGUGGUGACAUCCCUGGGCAAGAAGACCUACCGCACAAGGACCGUGAGGCACGACCUAAACCCAGUCUACGAGGAGAAACUUGUGUUCCAGGUCCUGCGUCAUGAGGUCAACUACUCUGUGAACUUCACAGUCGUUGACAAGGACAAGUUUUCCGGAAACGAUUAUGUCGGCAUGGUCAAUUUCCCUCUCGAGAAGGCUCUCUCUGUCGCACCCGAAGCAGACCCGCACACUGGCCUUUACAAGCUCCCAGAGCCUGCAGAUUCCCCGGGCCUCCCUGACACCGGGAGGAGGUCACGAUUCCGAUUGCCUGUUUCGCGUUCGUCAUCUUCACAUAGCCUUUCUCGCAUGGGCAGGCCGUCUCUGAAGAAAGAGCAUUCUGCCGGCUCGCUUUCAACGAAGGACUCGAACGGAUCCUUGCCACCUGGGCCUACCAGCGCCCCAGCUGUCGACAGCAAUGGGAACCUUGCACCCGUACCCGCUAUUAAUGUUGAUCCAUCGACCGUGGAUGAUCAGGACCUGAAGACCUACACUUUGCCACUCGAGAUGAAGAACAAGGAGCGGUGGGAGGCGAAGCACACUCCAACAAUCUACAUCCGUGCCAAGUACCUCCCCUACAGAGCCCUACGACAACAGUUCUGGAGAGCCAUGCUUAAGCAGUACGACGCCGACGAAAGUGGUCUCAUUGACAAGAUUGAGUUGACCACCAUGCUCGAUACACUCGGUUCCACACUGCAUGCUUCGACCAUUGACGGCUUCUUCAGUCGGUUCAUGGCGAAUCACAAUGGCGAUGAAUUGCUCACUUUCGAUGAGGCUGUCAUCUGCCUGGAGGAUCAACUACAAAAGAUUGAACAGCUAGAGUCUAUAAAGAGUGGGCACGCACCCUUAUUCACCCCGGGCACGCAAACACCGGCAUCCGGUCAGUUGACCCCAAUAAACAAGAACGCAUCGAGAACAUCUAUUCCUGUUCUCGAGACCAACACGCUGGGCGUUGAUGGCGAAGAGGGUGAAUUCCUCGCCGACGAUCUUGCCGAUGAAACCGGUGAGGAGCACGUCAUUGAAAUUCGGGAAUGCCCCAUCUGCCACCAACCGAAGCUGAACAAGAGAACCGAUGCUAACAUCAUUACUCACAUCGCGACAUGUGCCAGCCAGGACUGGAAGCAAGUAAACAACAUUGUCAUGUCGGGUUUCGUCACGUCAAGUCAAGCUCAGCGCAAGUGGUACUCCAAGGUGAUCACUAAGAUUUCAUAUGGUGGCUACAAAUUGGGUGCCAACUCUGCGAACAUCCUCGUCCAAGAUCGUCUUACUGGUCAGAUCAACGAGGAACGUAUGAGUGUGUACGUUCGCCUUGGUAUCCGGAUGCUCUACAAGGGUCUCAAGGCCAACAACAUGGAGAAAAAGCGGAUCCGUAAACUACUCAAGUCUCUGAGCAUCAAGCAGGGUAAAAAGUACGACGAUCCUGCUUCUGCAAAAGAGAUCGAAUCAUUCAUUGCGUUCCAUCAGCUCGAUAUGGGAGAGGUGCUCCUCCCCAUUUCACAGUUCAAGAACUUCAAUGAAUUCUUCUACCGAGCUCUAAAGCCAGGAGCGCGUCCUUGCUCAGCUCCAGAGGACCCAAGGGUCAUCGUUUCGCCCGCUGAUUGCCGCAGUGUUGUCUUCAACACAAUCGAUCAGGCGCAGUCCAUUUGGGUAAAGGGCCGUGAGUUCACAGUCGAGCGUCUUCUUGGCGACGCGUACCCCGAGGAUGCCGCACGUUUCCAUGGUGGCUCGCUUGGUAUCUUCCGACUCGCGCCACAGGACUACCACCGCUUCCAUAUCCCGGUCGACGGAGUAAUGGACGAGCCUAAGACGAUUGAAGGAGAGUACUAUACAGUCAACCCAAUGGCGAUUCGUUCAGCUCUCGAUGUAUAUGGCGAGAAUGUCCGCGUCAUUUGCCCCAUCGACUCUGAACGUCACGGCCGCGUCAUGGUCAUUUGCAUUGGUGCGAUGAUGGUUGGUAGCACAGUCAUCACUCGCAAGAAGGGCGAUACUGUCAAGCGUGCAGAAGAGUUGGGCUACUUCAAAUUCGGUGGAAGUACAUUGUUAGUGCUCUUUGAACCUGGGCAGAUGCGAUAUGACGACGACCUUGCCGACAACUCGCGAUCUGCACUAGAGACUCUCGUUCGCGUUGGCAUGUCCAUUGGCCACAGCCCCGACCGGGCAUCACAUGUUCCUGACAUGCGCAAGAACAACCCAACGCACGAGGAGAAACAGGAUGCAAAGCGUCGUAUUGAGGGCAGCCUGGCUCCUGCAGGCGUCCCUGGGCCGAUGCCUGGCGCUGGAAUGACUUAGACGGGAAGCAUUGUUAUAGCUGCAUGUUCAACAGAUGCAAGCAGCAUGUCUGGAUAGCAUACAAGUGGAUAAUUGCAUAUGGAACGGUGGCCGUUAGGGCUGCCGUUCCCGCGGCGUUUUGUAGCGGCUUUGCCAUUGAGCCCGAUUAAAGAGGCAUCUCAACAUGAAAUACACCACUUACCAGCAUC